GGGCUGUUUAUGAGUGUGACGUAAUUUCCGGCCGCCAACACCGACGGCGCUUUUUCGCGGUAAACUGAAAUGGUAAUCUGUUAUUGAGAUUUUUCCUUCAGGUAUACCAUUUAACGUGUAGUUAAUUGCAUUUGGCAUUGUAGCAAAUCGCAUUAUUAGAAGAAUUAGGCCGUCGGCGUUGAUAUGAAGUGAGAGCCAAGUUAACGUUAGUCACAUUAGCAUAGUACCUUUAUAAUCGAUUAACUACUGUACACAUCGUAAAAGAAUGGCACUCGUAACCGGAGAGAGCCUAAAAGCGGAGCUGGAAACGUUCGACGUACCCUGCCAAGAUGACAACGUCCUCGACAAGAUGGUGGAGCAGUGUAUCUGUAACAGGAUACAGACAAAUGAUAUGGUGGCGGAGUGGGUGGCCUACAGCACCAGAAAAGAUGGACUAAUACUCACCAUGGACACACUGGAGCAGUUUGAACAUGAGGUGUUAAACAAGAAGACUAAAUCUAAGCAAAGCUUCAGAAAAGAAGAAACUCACAACAGAACCAGAGACAUCUACUCACACCAGGACUUAAUCAAAAUGGAGGAAGAGGAGGAGAAUCUACUGGAUUCAUACUCAACUCCUGCUAAGGGCUCUCAGAAGCGAGCACUGACCACUCCUGAACACCCUCAUUCAAAAAGAAGUGUAGCUUUGCUGGCCAGUCCAGGCCUUCUGCUGUCUCCUGCCAGCUUUUCUCCAAGUGCAACACCGUCACAGAAGUACAGCCAGCGGGGCGGGAAAGGGGAAGUGGUGGUCACAUUCGGGGCUGUGCAGGGCACUCGCUGGACGGGCAGGAAGGCUCCUGGUGCAGGUGUCCAGCUGGAGCUGCUGGAAGGGCCUGAAGAUUCCCUGCGUUGCAGCUACAAGUACAUGUUCCAGAGGUUGCGCGAUGUUCGAAAUGUGCUGACAGAGAAGAUAGAGGAGCUCAGCGAAGGCCUCAGGUCUCACUUCAACAUCGAAGAGUUCUCCCCAGUCUCUCUGCCCGCCCAGGACAGUAUCACAGUGUUGGGUCAGGUUUGCUGUGACAGUAAUGGCAAACUGAAUGCGCAGUCGGUUCUGUUGGAGGCGGGACCAGAGCAAGGCGGUCAGGUGGUACCUGUUGACCUGUCGGAGUUAAAACAGUACUCCUUGUUUCCUGGUCAGGUGGUAGUGAUGGAGGGGAUGAACACAACGGGAAGAAAACUGGUGGCUUCCAAACUCUAUGAGGCAGUUCCUCUUCCUUUCUACGCUUCUGAGGUGAAAAUGGAGAUUGAUGAAGAGCCUUUGAAUGUUCUGGUGGCAUGUGGACCGUACACGCCCUCUGAGAGCCUGACCUUUGACCCUCUGUUGGACCUAAUCAGUGUCAUUGUCAGGGAUCGUCCUGAUGUCUGCCUGCUGCUGGGCCCAUUUGUGGAUUCCAAACAUGAACAAAUUGAGAAAGCUCAGGUAACUGAGACAUUUGAGGCCAUUUUCUCAAGAUGUAUCGACAGCAUUGUGGAUGGCACCAAAAGUGUUGGGUGUCGCCUGGUGUUUGUGCCCUCCCAGAGAGACAUCCACCACCAUUUCAUCUACCCACAGCCUCCCUUCUCCCUGCCAAACCUCAGCAAGGACCAGGCCCAGCGUGUCACCCUGGUCCCUGACCCCUGCACCCUGCUGAUCGACGGGGUGACCUUCGGCUUAACGUCCACUGACAUCCUGUUCCACAUGGGCGCGGAGGAGAUCAGCUGUGGCACUGGAUCGGACAGAUUUUCACGCAUACUGAAACACAUGCUGACCCAGAGGAGUUACUACCCGCUGUACCCGCCCGUGGAGGACGUCAACAUGGAUUAUGAGAAGUUCCAGAGCUUCGGUCAGAUGCCGGUCACCCCGGACGUUCUCAUCAUUCCCUCUGAGUUGCGCUAUUUUGUGAAGGAUGUGGUCGGCUGCGUAUGUGUCAAUCCCGGACGGCUGACCAAAGGCCAGGUGGGUGGGACCUACGGCAGGCUGCUCAUUCAACGCGGCGCUACGUCAGAGGAUGGGGAGAGAGUGAGUCCCUGUUUGACUGCUCAGGUGGUGAAAAUCUAAAAGGAAAUUUAAGACUUUUGGAUGCUCGUAGUGAACAGAAAAAAAACAGACGCUGACCGGAACGGGACCAGUUUGCAAGCAGCUGUGGAUGCUGUCCUCUGAAGACACGCUGAUGUAAAAUAUGUUAAAACAUUUCGCUGUACUUUUGGUUUAUUUUUGUAUGACAAACGUGUAUGGGCUUAAAAUAAAAUAAUUGUUUCAUAUGUAAGUACAGUGGAGUUAUGCAAAGUGAUUUUUGUUUUUUCACAACAUUUAGAUACGAUCUUUAAUCAAAGACCAGAAAACAAAGCAGUCAACAUGUGACGUUUUUCAGAAGUUGGUUUACGUGAGUGAGGGAAGUUCUGUCCUUUAUUCUCCUUUCGGCAGACCGACACAUUCAGUCAUAAAAGUGAUCAAACUCCUCAGAGUCACUUGAGUGGUUCUUGUUUGCUGAUCUGUCCAGCUCCACCUGAAAAAUCUCCACCUUGUCACAAACUGCUGGAAAAUAAAUUGAGCAAAGAUCAGUCAGGUUUUGUACACACACACACACACACACACACAGUCUAUUUUGUGGUUGUAAUGGUACUGUACCUUUAGGUUUCUCAUCAGCUCUCAGUUCCUUUUCUCUGUUUAAAUAAAAUAAAUGUCAUGUGAGAGGAGUA